AAAGUAUACUUUUCAUUUCUCACAAUUUCUAAAUCUAAAGACAUCAUAAAUGGUUGAUAUCAAGUCGUUAUCUACUACUUCUUCACAUCCAAUGAGAGAUUCUGUGGUGUCUUGACUUUCUUCCUUGCUCUGUUCGAGAUUAUAUGACCAAAGUCAUCUAUACAUACAACAACUAUACAUUAUAUGGAUUAAAUAAAAAACAAUGGUAGUUCUUUGGGAAACACAAAGCUUCAACUAAAACCAAUUCUCUGCUUCUUCUUGGUCGCUUUACCUUCAAGUUUCCCCGCUCUGUCUUCAUAUAUCAAAGAGCUAUUAGAGUAGAGAGAAAGCAAUAGUUGAAGAGAGAGAGAGAGAGAGAGAAAGAUAAGCGAUGAACACUAGUGUUCGAGCUGGUUUUUCCUCCAUGAAAGCUCCUUCGAAGCAUGUCACCACUCAAGAGGAAAAGAAGAAGAAGAUGGUGUCCCAAGGCAAUGAAACUUUAGCUAAUCGGCGCAGAGCUAACAAAGAAAAGAAAAUGGAUUUGCUACAAGAUGUUGAUAAGCUAAAGAGGAAGCUGAGACAAGAGGAGAAUGUGCAUAGAGCAUUGGAGAGAGCUUUCACUAGACCUUUAGGAGCUUUACCUCGUCUUCCCUCUUAUCUCCCUCGACAUACACUGGAGCUUCUUGCUGAAGUAGCUGUUCUUGAAGAGGAAGUAGUUCGGUUAGAAGAGCAAGUUGUUAGCUUCAGACAAGGUCUAUACCAAGAAGCUGUUUACAUUUCUUCCAAGAGUAACGGUCUGAACGAGAAUUCUCCCGUUAGAAGCACUAAACACCAGAGAUCUAAAUCCAAGUCACAACAUGAGUUGAAAUCUAUGAUCACUCCUCCUAAAAAGCAUCAACAGUCUCUUAGUCCUAGCAGAAGCAUCUCAAGUAGGAAACUCUUCUCCUCUGAUCAGACAGUUAAUGACAAACAAGCAUCGCCUAAACCAAAUGUAAGCAGUGUUGUUACUAAGCCAGUUGAUGUGAGAGGGAAAGAGAAUCAGACCUCUAGUAACGGUUUAAAAGACAAGAAGGACAAAGAAUCACCUGAGAAGAGACUUAAGAAAACUUUGAAUAAGCUAGAUGAUAGAUUAGCAGACCAAGACAAGGCACAUGAGAGUGUCUCGGAACCGCUGCAAAGUGGAACUGCAGCAAACAGAGUUUCAGAGGAUUUACUGAGAUGCCUGGUGAGUAUUAUCUUGAGGAUUAUCUCGUCCAAGGACAUUGUGUUGGAUCCAUAUAGUAACUGUUCAGAAUGGAGAACAAGAGAGCUUGGUGCAUACAAGAAUCUUUGCUCUGUUGAUGCAUCUUCCAUUGAUCUUGGGAGAAGAAUCAAUGCUUUAUUUCUGAUCCAUCGUCUCAAGUUCCUGCUUAAUAAGCUUUCAGGUGUAAAUCUAGACGGUCUUAGCCACCAGCAGAAGCUUGCAUUCUGGAUAAAUACUUAUAACUCAUGUGUGAUGAAUGGUUUCUUGGAGCAUGGGAUCCCUCAGACCCCUGAGAUGGUUGUUGCCCUUAUGCAAAAGGCAAUAAUAGUUGUAGGAGGACACUCACUUAAUGCUAUCACAAUUGAACACUUCAUCUUGAGACUUCCAUAUCACUUAAAGUUUAAUUGUCCCAAAACUGCAACACAUGAAGAGAUGAAAGCUCAUAGCACAUUUGGAUUGGAAUGGUCAGAACCUUUGGUCACUUUUGCUCUCUCCUGUGGAAGCUGGUCUUCUCCUGCUGUAAGGAUUUAUACAGCAACAAGUGUAGAAAAAGAGCUAGAAGCUGCAAAGAGGGAUUAUCUUCAAGCAUCUGUAUGGAUCUCAAAGAGGAACAAACUAAUGAUUCCAAAGGUAUUAGAUUGGUAUUUGCUAGAUUUUGCAAAAGAUGUGGAAUCUUUGUUAGAUUGGGUUUGCCUUCAGUUGCCUGAUAAACUCAGAGAAGAAGCUCUGAAGUGUGUGGAAAGAAAGAACGAAGAAUCACUCAUGGAGUUGGUUCAAGUAGUACCAUAUGACUUCAGUUUCAGGUUGCUUUUGCAUCAAUGAAAAAAAGGUUUGAUGAUUUGUAAUGAUAAUAAUGUUUCAAAAAUGUGGAAGUGGAACCUUGUAUAGAUUUGGGUUGGAGAGUGUAAAGUAGAGCAAAAGUUAAAAUUUGUUAUUGGUUGGCUGAGAGUAGAUAUAUAGUCAUAUGUUUGUGUUCUUUACAAUAAAGUGAAUAAACUAUAGAGUGAUAGCAAUUUAUUCUCAAUUGAUUUUAUCUACAAUGCUA